GAAGCGCGCGAGAGACGCCGCCGCCGCGCCCGCCGCGCCCGCCGCAGAAGCAUACCCCAUCCCGCUGGAUGCGUCGGCGCGCCUCGCCGACCUGGCCACGGCGCAGACGUCGCUCAAGCGCCUCUUCUUCACGUACCUCUCGCUCUCGAAGCCGCGCCUCUCCUUCCUCGUCGUCCUGACCGCCACCGCCACCUACAGCCUGUAUCCCGUGCCGCAGCUGCUCAGCACCGCCGCAACCGCCACGCCGAGCCUGUCGGCGCUCACGCUGCUCUUCCUGACCACGGGCACCGCGCUCUGCUCCGCCAGCGCCAAUGCCUUCAACAUGCUCAUGGAGCCCAAGUACGACGCCCAGAUGAGCCGCACCCGCAACCGCCCGCUCGUGCGCAAGCUCGUCACCCCGCGCGCCGCCGCCGUCUUUGCCGUCGCCUGCGGCCUGCUCGGCUCCGCGGGCCUCUACUUCGGCGUCAACCCCACCACUGCCGGCCUCGGCGCCGCCAACAUUGUGCUCUACGCCGCCGUCUACACCCCGCUGAAGCGCCUCAGCGUCAUCAAUACCUGGAUCGGUGCCGUCGUCGGCGGCCUGCCGCCGCUGAUGGGCUGGACCGCCGCCGCGAGCCAGUAUGCCCACGACGGCACCUGGCAGGAGCUGCUGUUCGGCGAGGGCAGCGCCGGCGGCUGGCUAUGUGCCGCGCUGCUGUUCGCCUGGCAGUUCCCGCACUUCAAUGCCCUGUCGUGGAGCAUCCGCGAGGAGUACAAGAACGCCGGCUACCGCAUGCUGGCCUGGGUCCAUCCGGCCCGCAACGGCCGCGUCGCCCUGCGCUAUGCCCUGCUCAUGUUCCCCGUGUGCAUCGGGCUCAGCCUUGUCGGCGUGACCGACAUGAGCUACAUCGCCACCAGUAGCGUCGUCAACGGCUGGAUGGCCUGGAAGGCCUGGGCCUUCUGGAAGCACCAGGGCCACAAAGGGACCGCCCGCAGUCUGUUCUGGGCCAGUGUGUGGCACCUCCCCAUCGUCAUGGUGCUCGCCAUGGCGCAGAAGAAGGGGCUAGGCGAGCGCCUAUACAGGAGCGUUGUAGGCUAUGAGGACAUUGACGAGGACGAGCUGUACUACGAGGCAGGCGAGCUGGAGGAAGAGGAGGAAAAGUAUCAGCGCAGUCGGGUUGUGAGUUGAUGUGUUUCUUGUGUCGUGAUACCUUCCUGUACCAUAUCGCAUCAGCGUGUAUAACAUGUCCUUUGAGCAGAAGCAAAAUCGCAUUUUGCUUUUUGGGAAAUUGAUUCGAGUGCAUCGUAUCAUACACGCAUAUCUCGCGCCCUAGCAGCAGUGUCUCAACACGCCGCAACGCCGUCCCUGCUAUCGACCACCCGCAUCCACUCUUCCUUCCCCAUCUGUCCCUGCCAUCCUUUACGCAGCAUACUUUCGUAACUACACGUUCAUUAGCGCCACCCUCAGCACCCCCGCAACCCGGCGAACAACUUACAUCUAGACUCAAAUAGCGACUAC